ACCUCUCACUCAGGAGGAGAUUGCUGAGAGGCUAGAGCGUGCAAGACGAAGGCAUGCAGAGAAGUUGGCAGCGGCGCAGGGCCAGGCACCUGUGGAGCCCACCCAAGAUGCAAGCACCCUUGAAAUGAGUCCACAGGGAGAAGAGCCAAAAGGUGAUGAGCAGGAGGUAGAAAGUGAGCCCCCCAAACCCGUGCCCUCAGAAGGAAGCAAGCAGGAGUCUUUUAUCACCUUCACUCAAGUGUUCAGUGGUGUGGUGUGAAGAGGAAAGAGAAUUUUUGUCCUGGGACCCAAAUACAGUCCUCUUGAGUUUUUGCAGCAGGUGCCAUUAGGCUUCUCAGCUCCAUUAGAGGACCUUCCCCAGCUCCCCCACGUGACGUGCCGUACGUUGGAAAACCUGUACCUUCUGAUGGGAAGGGAACUGGAAGACCUCGAGGAGGUGCCUCCAGGAAACGUGCUAGAGACUUUCUGGGAGCUUGGCAACUGGACUCAUUGUUCUGCCACGUGCGGCCACUUGGGAGCCCAAGUUCAGAGACCCCAGUGCCUGAUGGCCAACGGGCAGGAAGUGAGCGAGGCCUUCUGUGACCAGCUCCGGAAGCCACGGGCUGCGUUCCAGCCCUGUAACAUCCGGGACUGCCCCCCGAGGUGGCUCACAGGCACGUGGUCAGAGUGCUCUGUGUCUUGUGGUGAAGGAUUCCGCAGUCGGCAAGUGACAUGUAAGCGCACAAGAGCCAAUGGAACGGUGCAGGCAUUGCCGCCGAGAGUGUGCAUCCCCAGAGACAGGCCUCUGGGGAGAAGACCCUGUUCCAGUCACCCCUGUGUUCAGGGGCUCGUUGAACAAGGGAACCAGGUAAUGCUGACAAAUCUAGUGUUUUAAAACCAUCCAGUCCCUGUGGUCAAACCCACACAUCCAAAAAGGUACUUCCCCUGGCAGUCCGGUGUUAGGACUUUGCCUUCCAAUGCAAGGGAUGUGGGCUCCAUCCCUGGUCGGGGAACUAAGAUCCCACAUGCCAUGAGGCCAAAACAUAAAACAAGCAAUAGUGUAACAAAACCCCACCCAUCAGGGGCCCUCCCCACAGGGGAGAGGAGAGCACAGACUCCUGCAGGACAUUCAGGAAACUCAUCUGCACAGGGAGCUGACCACACCACCCACCAGCUGGUUCAGGGGACUUACUAUCCUAUCCUAGACCUCCCGGUCAUAAUUAACAAAGGCUGCAGAGAUCAAAAGUUCCCCUUGGCCCUUCUGAAAAUGUUCAGUAUUGUCAGUGUGGGAGAA